AUGAACGCCAACUUGCUUAGAUCUCGCCUGUUGCCGGCGGUGCAGGCCGCGCUGCCCAAGCAGCAAGUCAGAAGCGUCACAACUCGCUCGGUGCAAUGGGAGCUCAACACUGGCGCAAAGAUCCCCGCCAUUGGCUUCGGAACGUUCCAAGACGCCGAUGCGCAGGAGGAAGCCGUGAAGACGGCGCUGAAAGUCGGAUUCCGUCACAUUGAUACCGCGAGAGUUUACGACACUGAAAUCCAAGUCGGCAAGGGCAUCAAAGCCAGCGGCGUCCCGCGCGAGGAAAUCUUCCUGGGCACCAAGCUGUGGUGCAACUCGCACCACCCAGACGACGUCGAGGCCGCCCUCGACGCCUCCCUCAAGGACCUCGACACCCCCUAUGUGGACCUUUUCCUGAUGCACUACCCUUGCACGUUCCAAAGGGGCGAGGACCGCUUCCCCAAGGGCGCGGAUGGCAAGAUGAUUAUGGGCAAGACGACGUUUGUCGAUACCUGGAAGGCGAUGGAGGCGCUGCUCAAGACGGGCAAGACCAAGGCCAUUGGCGUCAGCAACUUUAGCAAAGACGAGGUGCAGACACUUAUUGACAAGGGAUCAGUGGUUCCCGCCGUCCACCAGAUGGAACUCCACCCCUACCUCCAACAAAAGUCCUUCGUCGAUUGGCAACGCGCAAACGGCAUCCACAUGACGCACUUCUCGCCCCUCGGCAACCAAAACUCGUUCUACCGGGAGGUCUCGUGGUCCAAGGAGGCCUCGCACAUGGCCCGCGUCAUCGACCACCCGACGCUCGCUGAGAUCGCGAAGAAGCACGGCAAGACCCCCGUGCAGGUCGCCCUCGCGUGGGGCGUCAACAGCGGACGGUCCGUGAUCCCCAAGAGCGUCAUCGAGUGGCAGAUUAAGGAGAACCUCGAGUCGGAUUUCCUGCUGGACGGGGAGGACAUGGACAAGAUUGCCAAGAUGGAUCUGAAGGCGAGAUUUAAUGUGCCGUCUGAGGAGUACAGGUGGCAGUUGUACAAGGGGCUGGAUGGAGUUGAAUACUGA